CUAAUCUUGAAGUUAUUUUGUGGUCGCAUGAUAAACCAAAGACAGUGGUAAACAGUAGUCAGUCAUAAUUUAGCCGCAAUUAUGGGUAAACCAAAUUUCUAUUUCACACCCGAUUCACCACCGUGUCAAGCAGUAACAUUGGUGAUUAAACAACUAAAAUUGGAUGUUACUUACAGACCAAUCGAUUUGGAAAAGAAUGAGCAUCUAACACCUGAAUUUUUGGCAUUAAAUCCAUUGCAUCAGGUUCCAACAUUGGACGACAAAGGAUUCAUUAUUGGAGAUUCACAUGCAAUCAUACAAUAUCUAGCGACGGGUAGCAAUUUGACAUCACUCGAUCCACAUGUUCUUGCACGAAUCAAUCAGGCGAUGUAUUUUGACACUGAACUUUUCAGAGUCAUGGGUGAGAUUGGCUACUCAUUAUACUUUGAAACAAGAACCGAGCCAUCUCAAAAGGCAGUUGCCAUUCUGUAUGAAAAAUUGGGUGCACUUGAGCAAUACCUACUACGUCGUAAUUGGGUAGCAGGUGAAUUUUUGACGAUUGCAGAUUUUUCGAUAUUUGCAACAUUUUCAGCAAUUUAUAAUUGUCCAAUUGACCUUAGUAAAUUCGAGUCAAUAUUAAAGUGGUAUGAAAAGUGUAAGAAGAUUUUUAUUGGAUAUCAGAGCAUCAAAGAAGAUUCCAAGAAUGCUCUCGGAAACUUCCUGAAAUCGAAAGGAAUUAAGUUGGAAUUGAAGACGUUGGAUGCUUAGAAAGCUCAAACAACACGCCAUCAGCAAUAAUAUCGGAAAUAAAUGAAUGCAAAAAGCUCACAAGCACAGGAAGUAAAAAGGUUCUUUUUAUAUAUUUUUAUAUGUAUGUCAAAAGCAAGCAGCAGUCUCACCACACUUGUGACUCUGAAACAACAAAAUAAAGUACUUGAAAUUGUUUUUUUUUGUGAUGAAAUAAAAGUCAGUACGUAGUUUUCUUUUUCACUUCCAUCAACA